CCCCCCUCCCCUCUUCGCCCCUCUCCCCUCUCCACCUGGCAGCCCCUCUGCCCACGGCCUGCGCGUGUGUGCGCCCAUCUACUCCCCCCUUGCUGAGACACUUGGACGUGUCUCGGCGGUAGCCAUCGCACCUGGCCGACGGGCCUCCCCCUAUCCAGCCUGCCCCCGGACCCAGUAGCAUGUCCCACGACGGUGACUUUCCUGUGAGCAUUGUGUCCUCCGAUCCGGAGAAUGACUCGCGCGGCUCCUCGCCGGUGCCCGGGUCGCCGGCCGUCCCGAAUUUCGGCCCGUCACACGUAUCUUCCUCGUCCACCUCCCUGACGGACAUCGACAUUGAGACCCCCUUCCCCGAUCCGUCGGGCCUGCUUGGCACCUCCUCCGAGCAGAUUGACCUUGUGCGCCUGUCGCCGGCUCUGCCGGCCGAGCCACUGAUCGAUGUCGGCACCGAUGCCGAUGCGGCGGCGUCCACUCCGCGCCCGCGUGGCUCGGCCACCACUGACUUGGCCAAUGCGGUGGCCUCGCUGGCCGCGGCAUCGGCCGCCGCAGCUGCCGCCGCCGCCGCAUCUUCCUCCUCCCCGUCGUCCAGCGGUGGAGGAGGUGGCUCUGGCGCCAAUAGCCCGGGGGCCGCCCUGCCGGCCUCCUUUGGCCUGGUGUCUUCACCGGGGGCAAUGGCCCCGGCGCUGGCGUCGGUGUCGGCGCCAGGUUCGGGAUCGAUGCCGGUGUCGCCGGCCUUGCCCCUGACCACCGGUCCGGCUGCCGUGCCUGACAGCCUGGAUGUCGAUGUUGUCAGCCCCCAGGCGGAUCCGCUGUCGGGAUUGUCUCCGCUGGUGGCCGGCGGGCCAUUGGCAACACCCAUUGCCGCGGCCAAUGCGGCGGCCGGCGCGGCAGCCACAGCGGCAGCUGCGGCUGCAGCUGCCAUGCCGACUGCCCUGCACCCCUCCCUGUCGCCACUGUCCAGCAAGACUGUUCCGGCUGUCGGGGAGGUUGGCCUCCUUCCGUCGGCCCUGCUCCCGACCCCGCCACUGACCACGGGCCUGCUGCCGUUGGAUGGCUCGGCGCUGGAGUCCGUCCCCGACGGCGCGCUGGACUCGGAUUCCGACUCGGAGUUCAGCGAGACGCGCAUCCCGGCCCUGGUGUCCAAUCCCUCCCCCCUGCCGGCGGUGGCCGGGGCCGCCACGGCCUCCACCCCGAGUCCCGUGGGCACGGUCGGGGGCGCGGUCCGCCAUCCCUCGGCCCCGGCUCCCGGGGUGGCGGUUGUUGGGCGUAGCUUUACAGCUCCAAAGUUGAGUGUCUCUCCAAUGACCGGACGUCCCAGCAUCAGCGGCGGUGUGUCCGGCUCGCCGGUGCCCGGUAUGAUGGCAGCCGGUGCCGGACGCCCAGCCCCACACGGUCCGCCUGCCCUGUCGGUCAAUGUGUCGCCCAUGCAGCCAUCGCCCGAGGAGUUUGCCUUCCUCCCGCCGGAGCAUGCGCACUACCCCCAGCAUCAGCAACACCCGCAGCAGCAGCAGCAGCAGCAGCCGCAGCAGCAGCAGCAGCCGCAAUACCAUCCUCACUACGGGGGCGGUCAACUCGUGGAGUCAUCCUCGGCGGAGCUGCACUUCGGCGCGGCCCCCGGUGGUCCGAUGGAUCUUCGUCGCAUGAGCAUGGGCCACUAUGGCCGGCCAGUCUCUGCACGCCAGGCGCCCAGCUCGGCUGUUCCCAGCCCGCCGACCCAGCGUCGGGCCUCAUCCUCGCUGUCCCGUGGCGCAAACAUCAACGAUCCCGACCACGACCCGUACCUUGCCAGCAUUGAGGAGCCACCCUCCACAGGACACGAGCACCAGCAGCAUGUUGCCUACAGCAACAUGCACAUGAUGCAGCCACCUCAACCGGUUGCCGCCACGCCCGGACACCCUCUCGCCCCGGGCUACAGCAGCCCGCAGUUGGUGGGCAGUGCCUCGGCCCACCUGCCCCUCGGCGCCGGGGGUGCUCUCCCAUCAUCGAUGUCGCCGUUGCUGGUCGGCAGCGGGAUGCCAGCCGGCCGGGCGCCCCCGGUCCCGAAUGCCCGGCCUCCACACGAUCCCGAGGCCUGGCUUGGGCAGACCUUGCAUGGGGACUUGUCGACCAUGUCCCUGCCGGGGCACUCGUCGGGGCUGGUUUCGCCGCCGUCGGUGGCGGGCCUGCAAAUGCCGGCCACGGGCGGUGUCACGGUCAAUGUCCCCUUCGCGGACAGCCACCACUACCCGCAGCAUCACCAAACCGGGGUUUAUGGCUCCCACCUGGAGGAGGGGUCUCCGCAGCCGACACCGAGGUCUUCAUCCUCCUUCCAGUCGAAGAAUUCCCAGGGCGACGACCAGCCCGGAGACCCGAACCACGAUGGCAUUGGGCUCCUGUCGAAUACGGCCACCGAGCGACACUCCCACAGCAUCCUCGGCAUGGCGGGCAGCUUCCUCGGGGAGAUGUUCGGCCCGUCGGGCGGAGGCCAUACCCCGACCGGGAGCCGGCCCAGUCACGGGGGAUCCCCCUCCACCGGGAGCGGCGGUCCUUCUGGGCUGACCUCGCCAUCGGGCCUGUCGACGGGUGCCUCAUCGCGCGGCAUGGGUGCCGGCAGUCGACAGUUGUCAGACGCCGGGACGCCCGCCACCGGGCGCACGUCCAUUGUCGGGACCAUUCGCAAUGCCCUGCUGUCGCGAACUUCCCAUGCCCGUAGUAAUCCCUCCAGCCGGACGUCGCUUUCGGGCCGCGGUUCGCGCCGCCAGUCGCAAGUGGACUUCCACGAUGAGAUGGCGGCCGCGGCGGCCGACGCCGGGGGCGACGAGGCGUAUGUCAUGGUCCCGCGGGCCAGCUCCCUGGAGCGGACCAGCCAUGCCGGUACCCACCGAGUGCCGGAAAGCCAGUCCAACCUGGAGGAGAUGAUCGACCUUGGCCUGUCGGACCCACUGAAUGCAUCGAUCAAUGCGGCGGACUUCAACUCCGAUGAUGACGACGAUGAUGAUGAAUUGGAUGACCUCAACCGCAAUGGCAGCAACAAGAACAUUCGUUCGCGCUUCCUCUUCAGGCCGUGGACCUUCUACAAGAAUCCGCACUUUGUCCGGAUCACGGUCUGCCUGUUGCUGAUCCUGGUGUUCCUCAUCCCCGGUGUCAUCUGCGUGGUGUACUACAAGGAGACCACCCUCGCCGGUGUCGGCGUCCUGUCUUGGUCGCUUCUGAUUUGCAUUGCGGUGGCCCUCUUCCUGGUGCUGUACUACCUGCUGAUGAUCGUGCGAUACAUCAUCCAGAGGUACUUCUACUUCCAGGGAAAUGUGGUCUUCUUCUUGUCCUCGUUGAAUACCCUGUUGGCGUUGGUCCUGGCAGCGGCCGGCAUGGUGGCCAUCUGGCCCUCUUUCGGGUCGUGGCGAUUGCGCUUCGAGGACCAGCUUGACCGCGACGCGGUGUGGUUCAUCGCGCCGGCGCUUAUGUGCGCCCUGAUCGGCGGCAUUGCCUGGUUCAUCAAGGACAUUUUCAUGCGCACCUUCGCCCUCAACUUCCAGACCAAGGCCUAUUAUGAUCGCCUGCAGGAGUCCCUCUUUGCGGAGUUCAUCAUCAUCUCCCUGACGGAUGGCAUCAUCCGCCAGCAUCGACUCUUAUCGGCCCGGUGGAAGCGCCUCAACCAGAAGUACCCAUUCUUGCGGUAUGAGCUGGCUCUGGACUUGCAUCUGAGCCAAUCUGGCGACGCGACCCCCGGGGCUGCUGAGGCCCUGCACAAUUCCGCCAGCACGGUGCUGGAUGUGGAUGAUGGCACGGCGGCGGCAGCGGCGGCAGCGGCGGCGGCGACAACCAGCGUCCCUGGCACCCCGUAUGGUGGCGCCCCGCCAGCCCACACGUAUGGCGUCGGUCAUGGUCUGUAUGAUGAUGGUGACAUGCCGGAGGGUGUCGGCGAUGAUCUGGCAGCCGCCGGGAGCAGCGCCAGCAUCGGAUACAGCCCGUCCGGCGAUAUGGCUGCUCAUUUGUCCGCCCUGGCGGGUGCGGCUGCCUUUGCUUCGGAGUAUGCUGGCUCGGACGCGGGUGGCAUGACUGAGGCCGAUCGUCUGCGGGCAUCCUUUGCCACCGGGCGCCUGGAUGGGCCGCCGUCAAGUCACUCGCUUCCGCGGUCGCCGCUGGCGGCCGGGUCUGGCUUUGGAUCGGGUCCCAUGAGCCCGGGCAUGCUGUCGCGGCCGAGCAUUGCUUCCCUUUCGCGGCCCAGCCUGGCGCCCUCGCGCCCAAGCAUGGCCCCCUCGCGGCCGAGCAUGGCUCCCUCGCGGCUGGGCGGCCGGCCGAGCAUUGCCCCGAGCCUGCUGUCGGCCAACCCCAGCCGCACAAGCCUGGCCCCGAGUUUGGCCCCGAGCAUGGCCGCCUCCACCAGUCGGCGCAGUGUCAAUCCCAUGGCAGCAGCGCGUGGGAGUGUGGCCUUCCCUGGGGCCCGGUCGAGUGUGUCCUCCUCGAUGUCCUUCGUGCCGCCGGGCCGGCCGAGCAUCGCCGAGAUGGCCCGCCAUGUGACCGACCGGAAUAGUCGAUCAAUCUAUGCCAGUCGAACCCCCUCGCAAGAUGGCAACCUCGCCGAUGGGGCCCGGUCCUCCGGGCAGCACCGGUCUCAGGAUCCACUUGGGUCCGGCUCGCAUCUGAAUCUCUCGUCUUUGAUUCGGCCCCUGCGCGGGGGCGACUUGCCGGCGGAUUCGUCUCACUUGUCACCGGCGGCGGCGGCGGCGGCGGCCGACCGUGCAGCCACUGCCAUUGAGUCGGGCUCUUUCCCGGCCCCAGCCAGCAUGGGUGUCGCCUCCGGUGGGGGCGAUGUACCGGACUUCGACAUCGACUCCCGGGCCUUCGCCAAGCAUGGGGCCCAGUCCUCCACGCGCAAGGGCUCCACGGCCGGUGGGCGUGGCCGCAACAGCAGCUUCGGCGGGGCUCCCUUCGGUGGGGGCCCCGGUGCCAGCCCCAAUUCCGGCGGCACCAGCGGGUCUUCCUUCCCCUCGGCCAGCGGCAUCCAGGAGGUCAGCUUCAGCGAUGUGCAGCAGCUGGUCAACAUGGUUGGCCAUAGGAAGCUGCACUCCUUCUCGGACAUGCUGCACCAGUCGGGUGACAUUGACAAUUCCCGCGAGUCGCGGCUGGUUGCGUCGCACAUCUUCCGCCACAUGAUCCGUCUUCGCCGGCAGCUGGAAGAGGAGCAGCAGGUUCAGGACUAUCUGCUCCGGCGCCAUGAGUAUGAGCAUCGGAUGCUUGAAUUGUCGUUGGCCGCGGCCCAGCAGGCCGAGGAGCAGCAGCAGCAGCAGCAGCAGCAGCAACAGCAACAGCGCCUGUCCGGAGGCCGCCGGUCCAACAGCUCGGUCAACCAGCCCGGGGAUGCCUCCAUGACUGGUGAGGAGUUCGGCUCGCGCGGUCGGCUGCAUGGGCUGCGACGUGGGGCGUCUUCCUCCCUGCGGCGGAUGAUCUCCCGGUCGCCCUCGCCACCGGCCCCGCCGCGAGAUGUGGUCAUCGAUGUCGGCGGCGGCGGCGGCAACAACAGCGGCAUUGACAAUGGCGGAGCCGGGCCCGGCGAGCCCGAGCACUUCCGGUCACAAUCGCAGCCACUUCGGUCGCAGCCAUCCAUCCAGGGGUCGCCUGCCUUGCCGGGUGCCCCGCGCGGGGCUUUCCUCAAUAACCCGGUGGAUCAUGACUUCUUGGUGGCCAGCGACCCGGCUUCCGGGAGUAGUCCCUGGCAGCGAGCGCGCCAUCGGACCAAGUCCGUCACGUCCUGGCUCGGCUUCAGCAACACUCCCGGGGGAACGUCCCACACGUACACCCCAAUGCGACCGACCCCGGCCGCGGGUGGGAUGGGCUUUGCACCGACCGGGUCGGCUCCGUUGUCGGCCGUCCCGGGCGUCGGGGCACCCGCCUCCAGCCAGGGCCCCUUUGCCACGCAGCGGCACCAGCAGCACCAGCAGCAGCAGCGACAGUCACAGCUGGGUGGCGGAUCGCCUGGUCAGCAGCACCCCCAGUCGGGGUCCUUCCUGCAUGGCCAGCCGGUCGGGGGGCCCUCCUCGCAGUCGGUGCACCAGUCGUACUCGUCCCAGCAUUUGCAUCAGCAGAAUAUGCCGGGGUCGGCCUUUGCCGAGGCAUUCCCCGAGGUGCCGGUCCCGGAGGUUGACAUCCGGCCGCCCACGUUCCGGCAGGCGCCGGUGGGCCCGGCUCGGCUGACGCGCGAGGAUUUCUCCCUCUUCCUCGAGCCGAGCGUCAACACCGACGAGGCAUUUGCCCUAUUUGACAUCCACUCCAGUGGGCAGAUCCGGCGUCGUGACAUGAAGGAGGCUUUGCAGAAUAUCUACCGCGAGCGGAAGAACCUGAGCAACUCCCUGCGCGACUCGGGCACCAUGGUCAAUACGCUGGAUCGAUUUGUCAGCCUGAUGCUGUUGGUGUGCCUGCUGUUUGCCUUCCUGCUGAUCUUCGGCACGAACAUCGAGAGCACCGUUGUGCCGGUUGCCUCGCUGAUUGUGUCCAUGUCCUUCAUUUUCGGCCACUCGGCCCAGCGCAUGUUCGAUAAUGUCAUCUAUCUUUUCGUGGAGCAUCCCUACGAUGUGGGGGAUCGUGUGUUCAUUGACGAUCACAACUUCAUCGUCGCCCGGAUGAACAUCACGGCCACCGUCUUCCGCCGGUGGGAUGAGCAAUACUUCUGGAUCCCCAAUCACAUUCUCACGGACAAGGUGGUCAUCAACAUUCGGCGGUCUGGCAACCAGCGGCACACCUUCUACAUGUUCCUGGAUGCCGACACGACUUCCGAGCAGCUUGGCACGCUGCGCGGCAUGAUGCAGGGAUGGGUCGAGUCCCAGCCGGAGCGCUUCGCUCGGGAUGUCGACUUCAUCCUCUUCGAUGUGGAUACCCAUGGUCGUAUGCAGAUGCUCAUCACCAUCGGGCAGUUGAGCAACUGGCAGGAUGGUGCAGUCCGUUGGAAGAACCGCACCGAUUCGUGGCUCUUCUUCCUGCAGUCUUGCCGCGAGCUGGGCAUCAAGAUUAUCCCCCAUGGCCAGCGGGUGGAUCUCACUGGCAGUGUGGCCGGACUCGGCAUGGGCCCUUCUGGCGGGCAUCCGAGCGAGAUGAGCCCCCUCAACUCGAUGACCGGGUCGACAUAUGCCUCGCCCCAGGUGGCCGACAUGGGGGAGGUCUUCUCUUCCACUCUGCCCGGUGUGUCGGUCUUCGGUUCGCGGCAAAUCCCCAACCCGGUGGGCGCGUCCACUGGUGGGGCCUUCCUCCCGCGUAGUACUGGCUCUGCCCGGACCACUCCCUUCUUGUAUCGUCGUCCGGCCAAGGCCGCCCCGACUUUCGAACGAAUGCCCUCAUCCGGGCACAACUUCAAAACCUCCUCCAUUUGACAUGGUGGAUGGGGAUGCCUAUCCUUCCCUCUCCCCCCCCC